CUGAGUAAAGUGGGUUGCUAAGGAUACAUCAAUUGAUUAGGGCAGAAAGAUUGUGACGUCAAGGUUUAAACCGAGGAAGCUGCGCUUUCUGCAGGUGGUUGCAGCAAACUAUAAACGAAGAGCAGCGAGCGGGUGGUGACCUUUUCGUGUUGCGAAAGGCAUGCAGCUGACUGAAUAUUGUAAUCUGGAAAGCGAAUUUGCUUAACGUAGCCUACCUGUACAGAACAACUCGAAAAUGUCUUCAGGUUUGGAGAUGCCUGAUGAUGAGAAGGGCUAUGACUUGGAUCUGUUCUGCAUACCUAAACACUAUGAAAAUGAUUUAGAACGAGUCUUUAUUCCUCAUGGGCUUAUCAUGGACAGGACUGAGCGUUUGGCCAGAGAUAUCAUGCGUGACUUGGGGGAACAUCAUAUUGUGGCCUUGUGUGUGCUGAAAGGAGGAUAUAAAUUCUUUGCAGACCUGCUAGAUUACAUCAAGGUGCUAAAUCAAAACAACGAUAAAUCUGUGCCAUUGACCGUGGAUUUCAUUAGAUUAAAAAGCUACAGCAAUGAUGGGUGCACAAACAGUGUUAAAAUUAUCGGAGGAGAUGAACUGUCUGCACUCAGUGGAAAAAAUGUCUUAAUAGUUGAGGACAUUGUAGAGACUGGCAAAACCAUGCAGACACUACUAUCUGUUUUAAAUGGUUACAACCCAAAGAUGGUAAAAGUAGUAAGCCUUCUGGUUAAAAGAACUCCAAGAAGCUCAGGCUACAGGCCAGACUAUACAGGAUUUGAAAUUCCUGAUAAAUUUGUAGUGGGAUAUGCCCUGGAUUACAAUGAAUAUUUCAGGGACCUAAGUCAUAUCUGUGUGAUGAGUGAACAAGGCAAACAGAAGUACAAGGUUUAAAAGGACUGGCACAAGGAGUUGACCGCAGCGAGAGCGAGCGCAAGCCAUCUCUGCCGAUGGAACGAAACCUAAAAAAAAGACCUAUUUUUGCUUGAUUUACAUUUGUUGCAUGUUUUUGAUUUCUGUAACGUUUUAUUUUUUUCUACAAGACCCCCAAAGAAAUGAGUGACUAAUGUAUUAUUUUAUAUUUACAAUAUAUGGGAUGAAAGGUUUCCCUUAUCAGGCUGGUACAAAGAUUUUAUUUGUAUAUAUUUGUUUUAUUUAUAGAUUGGGGCAGAUGUUUAGCUGGUUUAGUAAAUUAUUCAAAUAGGGAAAACUACCUUUUUUUUAAUCAUGAACACAAAACAAAAUUAUGCAUUUUUGACUAAUUAAUUAGAACACAUUUUUAGGUAUGUUUGACAUGAGAAAUGUAAUGCUCAGCAUACCUGAAAAAAAUAGUUUGCAAGCAGUGUAUUGUAAUGUUGAAUUGAAUGCAUAUGUUUUGUUUCCCCCCCCAAAGCAGGGAAAGCUGAAUUUGUAUUUAUUUAUUAAUACUUUUCAACGAUAUCAGAUGCAGGAUAUUGGGUACUGCUGUAUUUGCCAUUGUGUUGUAAUGACAACACUGUUAUUUAGUAAAGUCUAAAAUAUAACCUCACUUUCUAUAACUGCACUUGUUUCAUAUUUUCAUUUUACUCAGCUUACAUGAUCUUCAUUGCAUGUCCAUUCAACUGGAAUAUUUCAUUUGAAUCAUUUUUUUUUUUUUAAAUAUUUAGUGAUCAAUUAUUAUUUUUAUGUAUUUUUCCCCUAAUUUGAAAUGUCCAAUUAUGUUUUUUCUCCUCACCGCAGCGAGUCCCCACACAGCAUGGACGUUCUGAGGGCAUAUGAGCAUCCUCUGAUUUCACAAGCCUAAAGUCAGAAUCGCUUUUACACCAAGUAAUCCAGAGGUGGGCGGGUUACCGAUCCUGGAAGGCAGAGAUCAGUCCUGCUUCUUAUCCACUCUGAAUAUGUUUGGAGUCCAGCCAGUAGGGUUCGCUGUUGUGCGAUGAGAAUAAGUCCC